UACACAAAUAAUUUUAACUGGAAAAGCAAAGAUCAGUGAGUUUGGAUUAUUCAUUUGCAUCGAUCUCAGUGUACACUCAGCUGAAACAAUAAAAGGGAAAAAGGAAAAAGAAACACGCGCGCGUGUGUGUGUAUCUGUUUUUAUGCUCCCACCAUGCCGCUCGGCCCCACCCCUGCUUCUCUUCUGCCCGACUCCCUCAGGAUAUUUUUAGCGUUGAUGAUGUGCCCUGUCAAAUCACGUAACGGAAACAACAUCAGAGGGAGAGAAGAGAGCUGCUGGGAACAGCCCGACUUACUCAGAUCCUCAGAGGGGGAAACCUGCUGUGGAGGAGAUGAAAUUUGAAAUGAAUUUGGCGUUUUGCGUCUUGGCGGUGCUUUUCGGCUCGUCGCCCACCAGAGGUCAGAGCCGUGCUCCCCCUGCUGCCUUCACCGCAGGCAUGUAUCCGAGACAAGCUGGAACAUCAACAUCUCCUGACCUGAUGGAGGAUCCUGGAAAUGAGCUGCCACAGAGGAGAGAAAGUCCUGCAGGAGGGAAUGAAACCACAACUGAACCCACAACUAUCUCCCAGACAGACGAGACAGUCAACUCAGAGACUUCUACAGAUGCAGGAUUUGAGACUAAUUUUUUCACCUCAAGCUCCACAGAAGCCACAUCUGAACACACACAUGCACUCAUCAGUACAGCCGCUCACCUCAGUACUUCAUCUCUCUCAGCUGCUGCAGACCGGCUUUCAUCCAUGCCGGCUCUUCUGAAGACCACGCCUCAUCAAACCUCAGCGACUGAAGGCAGAGCCCUCCUGACCAGCAAUUCCAUUGCCACCUUUUCAUCUCAGUCGCGCCACACUGUGCAUGAUGCAAGCUCCACAGUCCCCACUUCCACCACACAGCGACGGUCUGAACCACCGCCUGCAUCCACCCCUCAGACCUUGGCGUCAGAUCAUGUCCCUGCAGCACCGACACAUGCAGAGGUUCCCUCUCAACUGAAGGUUGGAGAUGAAGACCUCGAAGGGUCCCACCGCCACUCAAGCUCCCCUUUAGACCCCCUUCUGGCUGGUCUGCUCUCAGUGUUCAUUGUUACCACUGCUAUUGUCUUCAUCGUUCUCUUCCUCAAGUUCCGCCAGAGGACAAACCACCCUGAGUUUCAUCGGCUGCAGGAUCUUCCCAUGGAUGAUCUGAUGGAGGACACACCACUGUCCAGGUACACUUACUGAUGGAGGCUCCUGUCCCGUCAGUAGCUUCCACCACUGGUUUAGAGAACAUGCUCAGGUCAAACACUGAUGGAGGACCCAUUUGGAUGUGAGGAGAAACUUUGCCUGGAACAGCUGCAUCUCUUCUAAUGAUUUCCCUGUUGUGGUUAAAGGUUUAGGGUCAGUGAUGAAAAUGUUUGACAAAGAUUCUCAAAAGUGCAUCUCUCAAAUAGGAGGUUUCAGACUCACUUCAGCAUUCUUCCACAUUCCUUUUUAUAGCUUCUGGAGAUCCUCCAUCUGGUGGAAACUUCUUUUUUCUUCAUUGCCUGAGGCAAAUUAUUAGCAUCUCCUUAUAUAUGCACAGCACUUUAAAGUGGCACAAAUGACCACACUGCCCCCUAGAGGGCAUGUGAGGUAGUGUGGAUCUAGGUAGCAUAGGCUUUCUUAAUGAAUUCAUUCUGAGAACUGCGAGUUAUUGAGCACAGCAGCAAGAUACACAGACCGGCUGAAGACUUGAAGUGCUUUGAGUCAUGUGUGAAAGUUUCCAACAUGCCCCAAAUAAUUCAGGAUUAUCAGCAAUGAUCCUUUAGGUGACCAACUGUUAGUGAAGUGCACUUUCAAACCAAACUGCUGCCUUAAUGCUGCAUGAGGUCUUACAGAAAGCUGACACAUAAAAACUGAACAAAAUGAAAAAUUAAUAAGCUAUAACUUUAGAUAAAUAGAUAAGUUUCCUUACAAAAGAAAGUAAAUUUAACCAUGUUGGCCUAAGUUAUAUGUGGAGUUGGAAGAGUUCUAGUCAGAAACUAGUUAUCAGUUUGACGAUAGGUAGUCUUUAAUCUACUGGCUGUUUUGCAUAUUAAAUGUUAAAUCUAACAAUGUUCACCAAGCAGAUACUUUGCUAAAUCUAACACUGAGUAAAUUGUAAAGCUAUUAACUGUUGAAAACGCUGUAAAAUGUACUAAACAUGAUCUCAAACAGUGUUGACUGAAGGUGAGAAGCAGUAGGUGUGGAGUUUUACAGCUUGUGGUUUUCUCUCUGUCUUAGGUGGAAUAUUCAUGCAAAUUUGCUGCAACUAUUGUACAAGUUUUAACUUAAAUGUUACUUUGCUGUUAAGUAAUGUUUGUAAUAACAUGCCAUUGAUUGUAAUAAUGUAAUGAUCGCUUGCCUCUUUAGUAAUAAAAUAGAAAAAGCCAUAAAACCCAAGGUAGUCUGUGCUUAAAAGGGUGGGAUGUUGUGUGUGUGGGUGAGCUCUUGGGGAUUAUUCUGUCAUUGUUACCUGUGCAAAAUUCUUUGUCAAGAAUGAUUAAGAGUGUUAAUACCAGCAUGUCAGCUGAGUUAACACACCUGCUUGGACAAAAAGUUUGGACUCUGAACAGUGACUUGAUUUAAAUAAAGAAAACCACUCCCUUUACAAUCAUACACACCCUUUUGGUGAUGCAACCUAAUACUCUAUCAGCAGACAUUAGACA